AAGAACAUCGUGACUUUCUGUUGCGUCCAAGUUGAUCCGAGCUUCUCGAGGAUUUCAGGUGAAACCUCGCUCAAAUUGUAAUUACCUAUUCGAUAAGAAGAGAACGGGAAGCCUGUCAAUAUGUCGGGUUUAAUGCGCUUGGUGGUCAACAACUACAACGAGAUCCUGCAGACCAACAAAGAAAUCAUGGUGGAUUCCUGGCCGAUGAUGGGCUCACCUGGCCCUAUGUUGUGCAUCGUGGGGACCUACUUAGCGUUCGUUUUGAAAGUCGGCCCGAAAAUGAUGGAAAAGAGGCCAGCCUUCCAGUUGAACUUUCUGCUGAUCGCUUACAAUGCCUUUCAAGUGCUUUUCAGUAUCUGGCUGACGCUCAGAUCGCUGGAACCCGGUGUAGGUCCUCUGAUAUUCUCACCGAAAUGCAACUCUGCAAAUCGAACGCCUAUCGACAUCAACGUGCAAGCUUCCGUAUCGAAAGCAGCGUGGUGGUACUUUAUCGCGAAGAUGAUCGAGCUUCUAGACACCGUGUUCUUCGUGCUGCGCAAGAAGCAAAACCAAGUGACCUUCUUGCACGUCUACCACCACACGAUGACCUCGGUGUUCUCCUGGUGUUACCUGAAAUUUCUUCCCGGAGAACAGGGUGCUCUGAUCGGUAUCCUCAAUUCUUUCGUGCACAUCGUCAUGUACUCGUAUUACCUGAUCGCAGCACUUGGCCCGCAAUACAGGAAAUACCUGUGGUGGAAGAAAUACAUGACCGGGAUCCAGCUGGUACAAUUCCUCAUAAUGCUCGGCUACCUGAUGAUGGUCCUCGCGAUGGACUGCAAAGUGCCAAAGGCUCUUACCUACUUCUUCCUCGCGAACGUGGUGAUCUUCAUCUACCUGUUCCUCGAUUUCUACAGAAAAGCCUACAAGAAGAAGAAAGUCUAAUUCACGUUCGAACUUGAACACUCGUCGAACACUCGUCGAACACCAACGUCGCUGUCGUUCGAGAGAACGACGAAGAAAAAGAAGAGACCAUUAGGGUAACAAUAGG